AUGGAAUUCAGAAAUGGCUGCAUGCGCUUCAGACGCGUGACCAGGUGGGCGGCGAAGCUGUGGGCAAUAGCUCUCGCCGUGCUCGUGCUGUGGUACGGCUUGUCUUCGCUCCGCGCCGACAGGGGAUUGGGCGCCUCGUACGAAUCGGACGACCCCGUCGUUGCGACGUAUCUCCGCGAGCAGGCGGCCUUCGCCAGUCAGAGCGACGCGGCGCAUUCGGCGGCGGACGCGCCUCGCCCGCGCGCGCCCGUCGCGCCGAGUCCUGCGUCCGCGGCGGCGAACGACUCGCGCUACAUCGACGUGCUCAUCCUGUUCACGAAGGCGAAGGGCAACGCGAAGCUGGCGGCGCGCUUCCGGACGUGCGUCGCGUCGAUGCUGCGCCACGCGUCCGUGCCGAUACACUACCACCUGGUGAGCGACGACGAGAGCGCGGCCGUCGCCGCCGACGCCUUCCGCGAGCUCGCCGAGCCGGGUCGCAUCGCGGCGACGACGCCGCCGUACCGCGUGCGCGCGCACAGCGUGUCGGAGAUGGCGCGGCAGCUGCACGGGCUCGUGUCGCACCUGCAGGCUCAUUUUAGCUACAAGCCGGGCGCCUACUACAGCGACGCGCUGUUCUUCCUGUCGGUUGCGCUGCACCGCGUGCUCGACCUGCGCCGCGUCAUCAUGCUCGACAGCGACCUCGAGUUCCGCGGUGACAUCGGCGCCCUCUACGAUCACUUCGCCCGCUUCAAGGACGGCCACGUGAUGGGCAUGGCGCACGAGAUGCAGCCCGUCUACCGACACACGUUCAGCGCGUACCGCGGCCGGCAUCCGGGCACGCGCGUCGGCGGCCCGCCCCCUGGCGGCCUGACGGGGUACAACAGCGGCGUCGUGCUGCUCGACUUGGAUCGCAUGCGGCGAUCGCGCGAGUACAACGACUUGCUGAACGCGAGCGUCAUCAGCGACCUGGCGGCGAAGUACUCGUUCAAGGGCCACCUCGGCGACCAGGAUUUCUUUACGUUGAUCAGCCUGGAGCACGAGGACUUGUUCUACACGCUGCCGUGCACCUGGAACUAUCAGCUGUGCACCUGGUGGCGGGACCAUGGCUACACGGACAUCUUCGAGCAGUACUUUACGUGCGAGGGCGAUGUCAUGGUCUACCACGGCAACUGCGGCUCGCAGAUACCCAGCUAGCGCCGCUCGCUUAUUGCCAGGUGGCGUCACCGUUGGUUAUAAAUGUUAAGUUGGAGCAGAGUGCAUGUAUCAAUGUUGAUAUACUUCAGGGUUGAAUGUAGAUCAUUCACCCUCUAGUAUACAUGGAUAUUGAUAUAAGAAUACAAAUGCAUAUAUAUUGAAUUUUGCAUUGCAUUGCAUGGCUAUAUCGGCAAUCGGUAUAAUAUAGAUAUGUCUAUAUUAAUUAUGCUCUCCUGAUGUCACUGUCAGUCCUACAAGGUGAAGCAGUUAGCUAUAUAGAUAAGUGUUUUGUUGUUUGAUAUUAUUAUAUCAUGAAAUAAAAGUGGAUUUUUUCAGGUGCAUUUU